CGGUUCUCCAGAACCGGGGCUCUGAACCAGGUAUGUCCUCUCGCCGACCCUCUCUCUGACACUGUCAGAUUGCAGGCAAAGGGAGGACAUAACCGACUCCUAACCUCACUGCAUAACCUACUUUUUUAAAAAACCUUUUCAGAUCCUUUCCAAGCGGAAAGCGAUCGCUCGGUGACUUUCGUGGAAGCGGCACCACAUCAGGAAGAGGUAACUGAGAACAACCCACUAGUCGACGAAUUCUUCGGCGUAUCCGACAAACCAACAGCCAACAUUUCCUGGGCUUCGGGCAUAUUUAAUUUCGCUCGAUCUACAGUCCGCACCGGCCUAGAAGAGGAACGUCGAGCUCUUUUACUCAAGCAAUAUGAGGUAAAAGAUAACCUCGCCUUUCUAGGUCCUCCGAAACUAAACAAACUGCUCAUCCCAGUCCUAAAAACAUCAGCUUCAACGAUGAAACGCGAUGAGUAUCAAUCAAAGUCGCAGGCCCAGGUAGCGGCAUCGCUAAACGCUCUCGGCUCUGCUAUCUCUGAACUACUGGGACAAGGGAGAAAACGGCUCCUACCCGAAGAGACUAGCACGUCCUUAAGACAACUAGCAGACGGCUUUCAUUUGCUCGCAGACCACCAGUACCGACUCUCGCUAGCUCGACGUGCUUUCAUAAAACCGUCGCUCAGCCUAGUUGGAAAAAACGCCACCGACGAUGCUCCAGUCGACGAAUGGCUCUUCGGAAGCUCCCUUGCUGAAGAUCUCAAAGCAGCCCAAGCCUGCGAGAAGGCAGCUAAAGACCUUCUCAAAUCAAAUCCCUUCGUAGCAAAGCCUAAUACACAACCGAUCAGACAAUCGCCAACGAAGCCACGUCCUCAACAACCCCGAAAAGCUACGGGAAACGCCAAAGCUCCUGCUCGACAGACUUCCUCGUCGGCUCGCCGUGCAGGAGCGAGUCGUACACCGAGCCGCCACCGGAAAUCCAGCUCUCGCUCCCACCAUCGCUAACCUCGGACAUCGCACCCAGCCUUCAAGACGCUUUCUCUGGGGGCCGCGAAACUAUCAGGGAAGCGUUCAGGAUGCGUCAGGCACCAGAAUCCUCGCUAGACGCCCUGCUGGCCUCACUUGCCCUAUCCACAAUAAAGCAGUACACACGCCCACUUCGAGCCUGGUGGUCCUUCUGUCAAACACGCCGGAUUACACCGUUUGCCCCAAAAGCAACCGAAGUGCUUAGUUUCUUAACAAAAGAACUAGAAACAGCGGGCUCCUUCUCAACAAUUAACACCUCAAGAUCCGCAGUAUCACUGAUAUCCCACAAUGCAAUCGGCGAAGACCCGCUGGUGAAACGAUUCUGCAAAAGGGCAAGCGUUCUAAGGCCCCCUCGCCCACGAUACGAUUACAUUUGGGACCCAGCGCCGGUCGUAGCAAAACUUGGCUCCUACUUCCCUCAUGAAGAUCUACCUCUAGAAAGAAUCUCCAAGAAACUAGUCCUCCUGCUCGCCCUUGGCUCAGGACAACGCUGUCAAACACUCGCAGCAUUACGAAUCUCGCAGAUUUCAACCAACGAAAGAAAAAUGCUAAUCAAAGUCCCGGAUCGAUUAAAGACGUCCGCUCCGGGCCGCAGUCAACCACUCCUAUCGUUUUCGCGCUUCAACGAGCGCCGCAACCUAUGCAUAGUAGGCCUGAUGGAACAUUUCCUACAACGCACAAAAAGUCUGCGACCAAAAGACAGCGACAAUCUCUUCAUCUCCUUCAAACGACCACACAGGGCGGUCGGCGUUCAAACUCUAAGCAGGUGGAUUCGCGAAACUCUGACGGAAUGCGGAGUGGACAGCCAAUUCGCGGCCCAUAGCACACGGCACGCGUCGACGUCUCUCGCGGCCAAAAAAGGAGUCUCAGAGAGUCUAAUCAAAAGAGCAGCAGGAUGGACCGGCGAAUCGCGAGCCUUUGCCAGAUUCUACAAUCGACCGAUAGUCGACCCGAACGAGUUUGCAAGUGCCACAAUAGGCGGAUCCCCCCGCGACAUGCCCGCAUGCAAUACUAGCAUCAACUAACACUCACUACUUCUCACUCUUA